CCGUUCACUCCUUUGAUCCGAUCGAGUUUGAUCUUUCUUGCUAAGGAUCACUCGGAACACGGUUCGAAAUCUAUAAAUUUACAUUGACACGGUGUUUAGGAUUUCUGUAUGUAUAUAUUUAUAUAUUGUGGAAUGAUUGGGCGCAGCAGCCGAUUUAUACGAAAAAGAAUAUUUCGUAGAAUCACCGGUGAUUUUACGCCACUGGAAAUGAUAGGGGUGCUGAUUGAAUAUACGUUAUGUGUAUAGUAAGCGUGGAUGAUACCUGUGUCGAGUCGCGCAGGAAGUAAAAAAAAAAAAAAAGAAAAAAUGUCCAAUCCCAAAUUUAUAACAAUGUGCUAUUUCUGAGUAAAAAAUAAAAAAUAUCUUCAAAAACGUACUUGUCACGCUUACGAUAUUUUACAAACUUUCCACGUGGACCGACGGGAACUUUGAAGCGAACCGCUGAAAAAUUGCUAAAAUUCCGAAAAAAAAGCUCGCACCAAAUAUACAUUGUUCCAGGAAAUUUUAUUCAAGGAAAGAAAACGUUCCCAAAUGUUAUUAAACUCUCAGAACACUCAUAAUCAAGAAUCACCAUCGGUAACUUCGGAACAGUAGAAGUUACGAUUAACACAUACCCGGUAUAAAGUCCGAAGGAGUAAACCACAAAUCCGGUAAUACAUCACAGAAAAAGGAAGAAUAAAAUUUAUAAACAUGGAUUCCAUGAAAUUACGUAGGAAUACGAUACAAGUGAAAAGUGAGGAACAACGGACAAGGCAGCUCCCUAAUUUCGCAUUCACCAGAAACAAGUGAAAUCAAUACGUAAACUGCAGUUGGAUACGUUAAAGAAGAGUGAGAGGACUACCCCCGAAAUAAAGAAGAAAAAUUAAAGUCUUCCUUUCUUUUUCCAAGAAAACAAGUAUCGCUGCUGUCAAAGUAAAAUUGUGUGGAUGGCAGAGCCGAGGGCGAGCGCUGCGAAGUAGGCGGCGAGCAAGGAUUUGUUUGUGUUCCUGUCGGUGUUGCGGCUGCGCUCCCCACCAUACCUCGGGAGUGCCAUGCUCCUCUGUUUGCAUUGUUUACAGACAAACAUCGUGCCCAAACACGAAGAGUGGAAGAGCUUAGGUGCAGAAAGAACGCGUGUCCAUUGGCGGAGGCGCCGUAAAGGCAGAGUCUAUUGGUGACUGGGUGGGGCCUAGCGGCCGGUAUAAAAGCGUGCGGAAGGCGUGGAGCGAGCAGAUACGUGCGAAGGCUCAGAGGGAGAAGUACGGUACGUUUCAAAGUGUUAAAGUUUACUCGUGUUCCCUCGAGUCCCGUCACAGCCAAGCCUCUCAUCGAGGCAGUGUAGAGUAACGAACGUAGAAAAAAGCGUGUCACGGUCCUGUGCGUUAGAUCGAACAACAAGUGCAAGCCCACUUCGAGACUCAAUUCGUAGCCGUAAGUGUAAAAGUGUCUAUCGUGGACGUUAAGAAAGAUUAAGUGCGCCUCUAAGGACAGUGCACGAAGCAUGGUGAACAUGGAAGGUUCAAACGAGCAGCAUACAGUGACAGCAUCGCCACCGCCAAGGACUACCCUCAAGAGUAGUUUCAGCAUUCGUAGUAUCCUGCCCGAAGCCUGCGCCGGUACCCCGGCACCGUCUGUCAGCCAGGCUCUGAGUCCUGAGCCAGUGCACGCCGACGACAGUGACGACUCGAGUGACUUGGACGUUACCGGCGACGGCGCGGAGACGCCGCCGUUGGACUGUUCCAGGAACGCCGCCUCCUCGAGUCCCAGUCAACGCGACAGCAGGGAUCAGCCUAGCGACGAGAAAAAGAAGUCCGAGAAGCCGCCGUACAGCUACAAUGCACUGAUAAUGAUGGCGAUACGUCAGAGCCCCGAGAAACGCCUGACUCUUAACGGCAUUUACGAAUACAUAAUGCGACACUUUCCAUACUACGAGAACAACAAGCAAGGCUGGCAGAACUCCAUAAGGCACAAUCUCUCGUUGAACAAGUGCUUCGUUAAAGUGCCAAGGCAUUACGACGAUCCCGGCAAGGGUAACUACUGGAUGCUAGACCCGAGCUCCGAGGAUGUUUUCAUCGGCGGCACCACGGGAAAGCUUCGCAGACGAACCACGGCGGCGUCCCGAUCGCGUCUGGCUGCCUUCAAGAGGAGCGUGGUACUCGGCGGUCUUUAUCCCAGUCCUUAUCCGCCACCGGGAUGGCCGGCGUCCCUGUACACGUUGCCUUAUCUACAUCGUGCCAGUUACCCCCCGGCAACCGGACCUUACACCACUCCUGCGGGAUAUCCGGCAAGUCUUCUACCGGGAGCAGCAACCUCGGCGGCGGCGGCGGCCGCGGCCGCAGCCAGUCUACCCUGCAAGCCGCAGGCCUUACCGGCCACGGCCGCGCCACCGGCUCACGGGGCCUUCUCCAUGGAGAGACUCCUCCAGGCACCACCCGGGUAUCCUGCCAGCAUAUCCGCACCAGGUAUACCUGCGCCCACCAACCCCUACGACUUUUAUACCACCCUGAGGUCACUCGCUGCUCAUCAACAACAUCAGCAGGCGGUUUUUGGACAGCACCAACAACCCAGAUAUCAUCUGAACCAGUCGACGCCUAUUCUCAGUCAGACACCCUCGACCACGGCUUCGCCCGGUAGUAGCCCUGAACCUAUGUCGCCCCACUCGCCCCCGGUAUCUAUCUGUAACCCAGUGCAACCCAGAUCUCACCCUCACAGCCCACCUCAGCUGUUACUCAAACCAAUAACUGUACUCACUGCGAGACACAGUUGAAUUUUCAUUAGUCUCAUUAUCGUUAUACCCGGUUACACGAUGAUAACAAACUGCACCUAUCUCAAUUCUUAGCCGCGUAACUUUAAAUUAUAUUCCGAACGAUCCUUAAGGGACGAUUCGGCACGCGUAGCUGCUUCGCGGGCUCAUGCGGGUUCGAGACGCGGCGCCCAGACCUGUCCUUCGAAGAUGACGCGUUAGCUAAUUUAUUUUUAGGACGAUACACAGUGAUUGUUACUUCUGUACAGGUGCGACUCUGUGAAUUAAAUGCGAUGCGUUGUAAUUGAUUUACGGAGAUUUGGCAUUUGACUUUUUUCAGUAUCGUUUUGUCACGUUUUAAUAAGUACUAAAGGAAAAGACUAAAGGGGGGCAGGGUUCGCGCGUGUCGCGUUAAUUGUGAUUCAUAUGGAGACGGACGAUGAGAUUAGAGUAAUAUAAUAAAUAUUGUAAAUAAAGAUGGCGCGCGUAUAACCAGGCGUACUUUAUUAUAUUAUAUCGAACGAUAUAUAAAUGUAGAUAGAAAUAAUCGGGAUCUCGUGCGAUUUAUCGCUACCUUGUCCCAUUGUAAAUACAGAAGAGAUAUUAUUCGAUAUAUCACAGCCCUGUACAUAUUGUCGCAGGCGUCAAUGAAGAGACCUGUACUGUGAAAAUAAAUGUUCAAACUUUUUAUAUAAAAAAAAAAGAAACAAAUCAAA